ACCCACACACACCCACACCCUCAUACAAUUUCCAAGCGUCCUGGCAGUCUGGGCACAAAGGGUCGCGACACACUGAGAGGCACAAGCUGUUGCGGUUAAUCAGAGACAGCGCUUACACUGAGAAGACUAAGGAAGAGGAGGAAGGCAGGGUGGUUUUUGCACUGCACAGGUCAGCUGCAGGUCCUCAGCUCCAGAGAGCUUGUGUAUGAUGCGUUUGGCUGACAAACAGAAUUCAUCUGAGGAAGAAAUGAGCUUUGGGGCAGCGUGUAUUUUCUUGCGGGGAGGGAAAAACAUUACAAGAGAGCUGGCUGAUGAUGAGAUUGAUGAGCUGCGUGAUGCAUUCAAUGAGUUUGAUAAAGACAAGGACGGACUGAUCAGCUGUAAGGACUUGGGCAACCUGAUGAGGACAAUGGGUUAUAUGCCCACUGAGAUGGAGCUGAUCGAGCUGAGCCAAAAUAUCAACAUGAACCUCGGUGGCAGAGUCGACUUUGACGACUUUGUGGAGUUGAUGGCCCCGAAACUGCUGGCAGAGACGUCUGGAAUGAUCGGUAUGAAGGAGCUGAAAGAUGCCUUCAAAGAGUUUGACAUGGAUGGAGAUGGAGAGAUCACAACAGAGGAGCUGCGAUCAGCCAUGAUAAAGCUGAUGGGAGAGCACAUGAGCCGGAGGGAAAUCGAUGCCAUAGUGAAAGAGGCCGAUGACAACGGGGAUGGCACAGUAGAUUUUGAAGAAUUUGUCAGAAUGAUGUCCCAUCAAUGACAGUCCAGGACAAGGCCAGUCAGGAACAUUCAUUUGCACCUCUGCAAACACGCACUAACACUGAUGCUGUUCUUUUCUGGGCUUGCAAAAACAACACAAACACAAGAAAUGUUAAAAUUACAUGCUGGAAACAAGCAAUAUCAGACUGAUCUCAGAGCGGAUUUUAUAGCUAUGCAAAUAAUAACAAUUUGUAAUGAUUUUUCAAAUGUAAGAGUGC